AUGGCGUCGACACAGACCGCGCUGCCGUUCCUCACGCGCAACUACUCAAACACACAACAAUAUCAAGCUUCCAACGGCCCCUGGCCCAGUCGUCGGACUUCACUCUCCAGUUUCCCUGCCUCGAGAUCACCCUCGCAAAUGUCAAACAAUUCCCGCCCCUCACGAUCCCCUCAACCGCCGCCUAUCGCCGAGACAGACCGCUCCUCGAACCCCAGCUCCAAGUCCAAGACUCCUUCCACCGGCGUGUCGUCACAACACUCCUCGUUGUCCGCCCCGCGGCGUUACAACCCUGACGCGCACCCUCCUCGCAGGUUGCGUUCACAGUACCCGCGGAGCUCGACCGAGAACCAUGUCGAGUACAUCUUGGUCGCUUCUUUCGACAUCGACCGGGGUCCGGUUAUGGAACACCAGUACCCCGUCUCCAUAACAGGCGAUGAGCACAUGUUAGCGGAGCUCAUGCUUCCCGAUCAGGCCCACGUACGGAAUCAGGACUGGACGAUUUUCUUCUUGCACAAGGACACGAGCCAAGAAGAAGAGGACGAGGAACGCAAGGCGAAGGAGGCCAGGAAAAAGAGACGGAAGAGGUUGCGCGACAGGGCGGCUGGAAUUAUUGACGAGGAAGCCGAUGGUGAAGAUCUAGGGGAUGAAGAGGAUCUGGACGACUUGGACGACUAUGACGACGACGACUCAGCAGACGACGAACCUGAAGGAGGAGAAGGGCCGCCGCUGAUUUACGUGUUGAAUUUGGUCAACACGAAACAAGACAAGACGGUCAAGAGAGGUGCUGUAGUUAAGGCAAUGGCCAUCUGCACCAGGCAUCCAUUCUUGCACAUCUACAAGCCCCUUCUCCUGCUGGCAUUGGAUGAGUACUUCAAAGCGCCGGUCCCUGAGACCUUGGCCAUGUUGUACGAUGCCGUGAACGCUAUGGACCUAUCUCUCAUGCCGAAACUCAGCCUGCUCGAAAGGCAUCUGCUACAGGCCAGUGACAAUAAAGACCUCUUUGUGGAGAAGUUUGAGCAGAUGAUCCAAAUGCGGAUGGCUGAAGAUCGCGGUGAACACGUCUCCGAUCAGCUAUUCGAUGCAAGUCGGGAACCUGCGAAAUUGCCAGGUGUUUCGAGAAAAGGAACAAAGGCCCAUAUUGAACUUGGAUCGACAUAUUCGGUUCCAAGAGACACUCACGAGUUCGAAAGCAAAGUCAUGUACAAGGGGAUUCCAAUCCCCAUCAAGGUCCCUGUUGCCGUCAUGCCAGAAACCGUCGGGGAUUUCUCAUUGAUCAAGCUGAUUCAGAAGUUCUCAGAGCCUCAAGGCAAAGCGCCACAACCGUUCCCCUUGCAUGCUCAACUGACAACAAACGGUCCCAAUACCCACCCCAUCGUUGUCUUGGUCAAUGCACUGUUGACGCAAAAGCGGGUGAUCUUUCUUGGUCACAAUAUGCCCUCAGGAGAGGUUGCAGAGGCAGUCUUGGCGGCCUGCGCCUUGGCAUCCGGCGGCACACUUAGAGGCUUUACGCGACACGCAUUCCCUUACACAGAUUUAACCAAGAUCGACGACCUCCUCAACGUACCCGGCUUUAUUGCUGGAGUCACGAACCCGACAUUCGAACUGCAUCCUGAGUGGUGGGAUGUGCUCUGCGAUCUCCCAACGGGACGUGUCAAGAUCAGUAGUAAGAUUGAGGCAGCGCCGGUAACAGAGGGCAUGGUAUACUUUCAGCAGCAAAACCCAUCGUAUGCGGGCCUCGUUGGAGGCACAUCCAAGGUUGCGGCCGAAAGCGACCUCACUGGAGACGCAGCAUUUAUGCAGGAUAUCCUCAGGAGCAUUGCAGCGAGGCACGGUGAGAGAGUAAUUCGGGCCAAGUGGCGAGACUGGGUGAUUAAGUUCACCCGCAUCGCAGCCGCUUUCGAAGAGAGCGUAUAUGGCGCGAGCGCUCUCUACAUUGGCGGCGACGAACUAGAAAUGGGUCCCAUUGGCAAGAACGGGCACGGCUACGUGUGGCCAGACGAGCAGUCGAAACACAAGGAACUUGCGGGCAACGUGACAAGAAUCGAAGGCUGGAGGAACACGAGGAGCUACUACAGCUUUAUCCAGGAUCUCGCACAGAUGUACCAGGUUAGGCCGCUCAAGGGCCUCGACUUGCACCACAUGCAUGACCGAUUACGCACGCAGCGGCUUAACCCGAUGCAAAGCAAGGAAAUUUACGUAUCCUUUUCCAAAUACGUCCACUCUUACGACGAGAUCUGCCUGCUUUUGACCGUCGCGCCAGAGUCCCACGCCGGGCUGUUCUACGUCGCCUUGGGCCUCUUCCACAAGGACCGCGAGGUGCGCCUCAAGACGGCGGACCUGCUGGAGCGCAUCGGCGAGCACGAGGCCGGGCAGCACUGGUGGAAGGCGCUCAGCCGAUUCGAGAAGCUGGCGUACAACCGCAUACGCAAGGAGGCGGAUGCGGAGAUGCGGGCGAAGCUCGAGAAGGAGGGCUUGAGUCCUGAGGUGGAGAGACGAAUCAGUUAG